AUGAGAAAACUGAUGUCUUCAAAUAACACAUCCCGUCGUGAACUUCGCAACGCUUAUGGUCUUCGUGACGUUGAACCGGUGACUGUAAGUGGAUCAAAGGCUCUUGAGGCAACCAUUUUCGGUGUUAUGAUAGCUGUUGUGUUGCUAUUGCUGCUUUGUUUGUGCGUCUAUGUCGGUCAACUGGCCGAUUCCUAUGCUCGCAAAAACUGGAGAAAAAUUAACCCCUAUUACACCACGGCUCCCGCUGCAACUGCCGUCCGAACGCUAGUUCCACCACCUCCACCGCCGCUUCAGUCUACCGAAUUAUAG